AUGGGCGCAAUUUUGAGCUCAAAUGGAUCUGGCUCCAGUUCAGGAGCUAAUAACACUUUUGAUACGUCGCCCUGCAACGAGCCUUGUAAGAGACAACGGGUUUCAGCAAAUUCUUUUGAAGGAUACCCACGAUUAAUUCCCAGUAUUCCUGACGAGAUAUCAGUAGAGAUCCUUGCCAGGGUUCCCAGAAUUCAUUACUUAAAAAUGAAGCAAGUGUCACGAUCAUGGAAGUCGGUCGUCCUUGAUUCUCAACUCUUCAGUGUCAGAAAGCAGCUUGGAAAGACGGAAGAGUGGCUUUACAUUCUGACGAAGGUUGAAGACGAUAAGCUUCUCUGGUAUGGAUUGGACCCGCUGAACAAGAUAUGGCAGAGGCUGCCAUCAAUCCCCUGUGCUGCUUACGGCGAUGAAGCCAAGAAGGGCUAUGUGGGUCUUCGUGUGUGGAAUAUGGUAGGCUCGGGUAUGAAAGUUGCUGAUGUGGUGAGAAGCUGGCUUGGAAGGAAAGGUGCCCCUGAAAGAAUGCCGUUCUGCGGUUGUGCUGUUGGAGCUGUAGAUGGUUGCCUCUAUGUCCUAGGUGGGUUUUCCAAAGGUUCAGCCAUGAGAUGUGUGUGGAAGUAUGAUCCGAUACUAAAUGCAUGGACCGAGGUCAGCUCCAUGACUACUGAUAGAGCAUACUGUAAGACAAGUGUCUUGAACAAUAAGCUCUAUGUUAUUGGAGGAGUUAAUGGAGGUCGCGAUGGGUUGAUGCCACUUCAAUCUGCUGAGGUCUUUGAUCCCGAGACUGGUUUAUGGACCAAACUCCCAAGCAUGCCUUUCAUGAAAGCUCAGACGAUUCCCACAGCAUUUCUAGCCGAUCUCCUCAAGCCUAUAGCAACAGGAGUGACUUCAUACCGUGGGAAACUGUACGUGGCUCAGAGUUUGUACUGCUGGCCAUUUGUUGUUGAUGUUGGUGGAGAGGUGUAUGACCCAGAGACGAAUGCAUGGGUCGAAAUGCCAUCUGGUAUGGGUGAUGGUUGGCCUCCAAGGCAAGCCGGGAGGAAACUGAGCGUCACGAUUGAAGGAGAGUUGUAUGCUCUUGAUCCAUCGGGUUCGGUUGAUGGUCCCAGUACCCGAAUCCAGGUAUAUGACUACCAUGAAGAUGCUUGGAAGGUUGUCCUUAGAGACGUGCCUAUUUGCACCCAUGCCGAUUCAGAAUCCCACCAUUUGCUCACUGGGUUGCUUGGCAAGCUCCAUGUGGUCACCAAAGAUGCAGGUGCCAACAUUGCUGUUCUGCAAGCCGGCAUGCAGAACUGUGGGGAGGAUUCUCUGGGCUCAGAGUUGGCGCCAGAAACAGAUAACUGGCGGGUCAUUGCUUCCAGAAAUGCUGGUUCUUCCGAACUGGUUAACUGUGUGACUCUUGAUCUCUGA